AUGGAAAGAGUAAGAGAUGAGGAGCGGAGAAGGAUUUUGUAUUGCAUCACUCUAAGAGAAAAUAAGUCUAAGAAGCAAGGUAGACCUAAGAGAGGUCAGACACUCCCACAAUCUCGCCCUGCAGAUGCCGCUUCUCCCCUUUCUGCUUCCCCCUGUUCUCCUCUGGGAAGUCUCAAGUAUUUUUUAAAAGUCCAUAGUGCACAAAAACAUCAAGGAGAAGACUACAUCCAGCCCAGGGGUGCCAGGUACUGUGAGACGCACAAGAAACUGGAAGACACAACUAGAUCGCACUCCAAGCACAGAGAGGAAGUUCAAGGCUCCAACUUCAGUCCUGACAUCAACAUGCGUGCCUCAGUUUUGUUCGUCGCCCUCGCUCUGGUCUGCAGCGUUGCCGCCAUUCCCGAACCAGGCAGACCUGGCUAUGGAGGAGGAGUUGGCGGAGUGCGUCCAGUUGGAGGUGUGAGACCAGGUCUUGGUGGUGUUGGAGUAGGAGGGGUAGGAGUUCCUGUUGGUUUAGGUGGAGUAGGAGGAGUUCAUGGUGGUUUAGGAGGAGUUGGGGGAGUUCAUGGUGGUGUGGGAGUUGCACCUGUAGUCAAGCCUGUGCACACUGGUGCAAUCGGCCACGGAAAAUAUGGCAAAUAGACAACCUAAGUCUAGCAUUUCCAUCAUUACAGAGUCAAGUAUUAUGCUUUUACCGUUUACUAGUGACUAUCACGACUUCAAGAAUUUCUUCAAGAUUCCUUUGACAUAGAACCAAAGAAAAGAUCUCAGAGACAGCUCAUCUCCAUCAUCAUAAAACAUUUUUCUUCAGCGUUGGAUUCAUUCCAAAAUCUAACUUAAGGUUUCAUGGUCCAUAGCCCUUCCUUCCAUAAUCUUCAACUGACUUCCAACAAGGAAAAAGACAAAACAAACAAAUGUCAGCUAAAAGUGUCAUGUUUAUGUUAUUAUUUUUUAAUGUUAAUCCUCACUUGGUAAUAAUGUGAUAUGAAUUUUAAUGAAUAUACAAUGUUUCCAUAA